UUAAAUAGAAAUAUUAAAAACGACAUCUCUGGAAUAUAUUAAUGGCCUAAGUUGUAGUUGUAUCUCAACUAUUUUGUUAUAAAACGUUUUAAAACCUUUUGUUUAUCGCUGUACGAAUGCAAACAAAACAAGCAUGAUUUAAGGCGCUCUCUUGCGCUGGCAAUAUUUUGAGGGCGGUAUGAGUUGAUUGUGGUUGAAAGACGAAUAAACAAACCUUGUUGUUGUUGAUAUAAACGUCUAACACACAGGGCUACUUGAUAGGACUAGUUUUUGGCAGUUUGCUAAUGAGAACAGGCGCACUGUUUAAAGGCGACUCAACUUCCAUAAGCCCCACCCACUGUUUUUAUAUAUAGUUGAAGUAGCUUGUGAAGCGCACACUCAAGACAUUCACAGGCUGCACUAGGAGAAAUGGUUGUUCUGGUCAAACCAAAUCUUCAGUUGGGCAGCAAAGCGAUGGAUGGAAAUCAGCACAAAGUUGAGGCCAAUGUUCUGCUGCUUGGAGCAGAAAAUGUUGGGAAGUCAGCCCUCACUGUGCGAUUUCUCACCAGAAGGUUCAUCGGAGAGUAUGGGGAUAUUGAAUCAAUAUACAGUCAUAUUGACAAAACAGAUGGGCGAGAAAUAGCCUUAAAUAUUUGGGACUCCCUGUAUCCACAGAGCUGCGAAACAACUGAAUCCAUCAGUGACAAGCAGAUGCAGUGGGCAGACGGUGUGAUCCUGGUCUACAGCAUCUGUGAUCGCUCCAGCUUUGAGGUGGUCCGGCAACAGGUGCAACUCAUCCGCCAGACUAGGAAGCUGUCCGCAUCUACCCCAAUCAUCGUGGGGAACAAGCGAGACCUGCUGCAUCAGAGAGCCGUGUCGAGUGAGGAGGGCAGACUGUUCGCCCUCUCGGCAGACUGCGGCUUCUUCGAGAUCUCGGCGGCAGAAACCUACCACGGUGUGCUGCUGGUUUUUCACGAAAUCCUGGACCUCAUCAAGGAGUCCAAAGCACUUAAAAAGGGAAUGGUUGGAAUCAAGGGUAUAGUCAGAAGCGUGUCUGCAGUGUUUGGAAAGAAACGAGAGUGAAGAACUGUUGAAGAUGUUGAGCAAGAUGAAGAUAUGAGGCCCCUGGCAGCCUAGCAUCUAAAUAGCUGAGAAGAGGACCCCGGCUGAUGGGUUUUUGGGGCCGAAGGGAGACACUUUCGCCUUAUUAACCCUCAUGGAUGGUGGAAGGAAAAGUAUAAGAAGACAGAAUGUUUAAAGUUCAGAGCCCAGCGUUAUGGUGAAGAAAAGCAGAUGAAGUUUGUUACAGCAAGGCGAUAAAAGAUGUGCUGAAAAUAAGUGAUCCUGGGCUUUGAUGUAAGUUGGUCACUGGGUAUGUGUAUUGAAAUGAACCAAGAGAUGGCCCGGAUCUGUCGUAGUCCUUGUCAUUUCUCACAGAAAGAUCCUUCAGCUCUGAACAGAUGAUUUAGACAAAUUCAAGUGAGCUUCUGCUUCGGAUUUCAGAUGCCUGAAAUAUAGAGAUGGACUUUAUCUUCCCUGCAUUGUUCCCAUUUGAGCCUCCACUGCCAUUUAGAUGUGAAUUAUUAAUGUGGCAAUUGGGAGGAGACUAUGUGUAGUAAAAUGUAUAUAGAUAUUUUAUGUAUAUAUUGUAAUUUCCAUAACAUCGUUUCCUGGAUAGUUUUUUUUGAGGUUGGUGGUAGUAUAAAUGCAACUCCAGUAAAGGCUUGUUCACACCAAGGAUGAUAACUGUAACUAUAAACUUUUAAUAAUCAUUCUAAUGAAUGAUACAAACAAUAUUGUUGGACAGCCAAUCAGAAUCAACAUGACUUAAGCUUGAGCUUUUAUUGUCCAUUGGUGUGUAUGCCAACAUAGUUACUGUUAAGAGUUAUUGUUUUAAUGUUCUUUCUUGGUUCUUAACUUAAGAGUGACAUAUAAAGAAAUUCAGAGUGAGAUAUUAAGAGUGUCUGUACAUGUUAUUAACCUGUAUAUAUUUGAAUCUUUCACUUUUGUAUAUAAAC